UAUGUAUCUCUUCCUUAAAGUGCUAUCUUAGAUCCUUGAAUUUAACACUACUGCAUCUAUAGCUCAAAAUACAAAUGGGGAAUGAAGCAUUUUGUAACAAACUGCUCUGAGAUCAUUUGAAAUAGGUGUUCUUGGGUGCUCAUAAAGGAAAAGAAACAUUAAAGUUUACAUCUAUAAAGACAAAAGACUCCCUUUUGGCUUACCAGGAUUUAUAUACGCAGAAAAGGAAAUUACCCAGAAGGCUGUCUUCUUAAAAAUGAUAUUUGAAAAUGUAAUCUGGAAAUAACAAUACAGAAAGUAGUACCAAAUUAAAACACUGUCAACAGAAGCCAAACGUCUAUAUGGAAGAUUCAGAGGAAAAGAAGAAGAUGAAAAGGAGACAAACAAAAAGAAAUUAUGUAGCAGAGAAAGACACUAUCCUAACAAGACCUGAAAUAAACCAGGAACAAAAAAACAAUUCCAAAAAGGGUGAAGACCUUUCUCGAGAUGAUCUUUUAUUUCUUCUGAGUGUGCUAGAGGGGGAGUUACAGGCUCAAGAUGAAGUGAUAGGAGUUUUAAAGGCUGAAAAAAUUAACUUGGCUUUACUAGAAGGACAAUAUGGCUUUGUUACUCCAAAAAAAAGUCCUUGAGGCACUUCAACGAGAUGCUAUACAAACCAAAACUACAUUAUGGCAAGAGGAUAUCUAUGAAAAACCCAUGGGAGAGCUUGACAAAUUGGUUGAAAAACAUAAAGAAACACAUAGACGGAUGCUUGGCCAGCUCCUCAUGGUAGAAAAAUCUCACAGGCAAACUUUGUACGACCUUGAGGACGAGAAGAGGAAACAUUCAGAAUACAUGGAAAAAAGUGACGAGUUUACCAAUUUAUUAGAACAAGAACAAGAAAGAUUAAAAAAGCUCCUUGAACAAGAUGCAGUUUAUCAAGCAAAAAGAGAAAAGGAAAACUGCAAGAAAAUAAACAAACUGAAGGAAGAGCUAAUAAAACUGAAAUCAUUCACUUUAAUGCUAGUGGAUGAACAACAACAAUUAACAGAAGAGCUGAGUCAACAAACUGAGCAAAUUCAAAAUUUAACCACCUCUGCAGAACAAGCACAUGAAAAAAUCUCCACUGCAGAAUCAAAAGCCCAAGAACAGGAGCAGAAAGCUCUCAGGUUGGAAGGAGAACUUCAAACACAAAUCAGAAAGGCUUCUCAAGAACAGGAAGCUACAAUGGCCAAAUUAACCAAUGAAGAGAGCCAACAUCGCCAGCUCCGCUUAAAAUUAACAGUUCUUAGUCGACAGGUUGAUGAACUUGAAGAAACUAACAAGUCCUUAAGAAAGACAGAAGAAGAACUGCAAGAUCUAAGAGAGAAAAUCAACAGAGGAGAAUGUGGAAACUCUACCCUUAUGUCUGAAGUAGAGGUGCUCCGGAAAAGAGUCCUAGAAAUGGAAGGAAAAGAUGAGGAACUCAUAAAAUUGGAAGAGCAAUGCCGAGAGCUUCAUAAGAGACUAGAAAAAGAAGCCACACAAAGUAAAAAUUUUAAAGUAGAAGUUGAUAAACUCAAUAAAAGAAUUAUGGAGCUUGAGAAACUGGAGGAUGCUUUCACCAAGAGCAAGCAGGAAUGUUCCUCUUUAAAAUGUAACCUAGAAAAAGAAAAAAACUUAACAAAGCAGCUGUCACUGGAUCUUGAUGGCCUAAAAGCUCGCAUAGGAGAGCUUGAAACCACUGAGAAUAAAUUAGAAAAAACAGAGUUCAUACUUAAGGAAGAUAUGUCUAAAUUGAAAUCAUUAACUGUAAUGCUUGUAGACGAAAGGAAAACAAUGAAUGAAAAAAUAAAACAAAUGGAAGAAAAGGUACAGACUGCAAAUCUACAGCUGCAGUUGGAACAAAAAAAAGUUAUGUCAGUCACAGAAAAAUUGAUUGAAGAGAGUAAGAAAGCAUUAAAAUUUAAAAAUGAUGCUGAAGAAAAAAUGACUAACCUUACAAGGGAGAGAGAUGAAUUGAAAAACAAACUGAAAAUAGAGGAAGAGAAGGGAAAUGAUCUCUCCUCUAAAAUGAAUUUGCUAAGAAAAAAGCUUCAGUCCUUGGAAACCAUAGAAAAAGAAUUUCUUAAAAAUAAACUUAAAGAGACAACAAAACCUAACCCAACUUUCCAGCAAGAAAACAACAAGAUUAAAGAACUAGUUCAAGAAAUUGAGAAGCUGAAACAUAAACUGAAAGAAAUGAAGGCCAUAGAAGAUGAUCUCAUGAAAACUGAAGAUGAAUUUGAAUCUUUAGAACGCAGAUAUGUUAACGAACAAGACAAAGCCAGAUUUUUAUCAGAGGAACUUGAGAUAGUGAAGAGAGAACUGGCACGAUACAAGUUAGCAGAAAAGACAGAAUGCAACCAUGAGCAGAGAUUAUUCAGAAAACUCAAGGAAGAAACAGCCAAGUCAGGUCAUCUUUCAAGGGAAGUAGACGCACUGAAAGAGAAAAUUCAUGAAUAUAUGGCAACAGAAGAUUUAAUAUGUCAUUUAAGAGAAGACCAGAGAAUCUUGCAAAAGAAACUUACUCAACAAGAAAAUAAAAACAAAGAAUUAGGCAGAGAAAUGGAAACUCUUAACGAAGAACUGCAGAGGUAUAGGCGUUUCAGUAAGAGCUUGCGACCAAGUCUCAAUGGAAGGAGAAUCUCUGACUUACAAGUUGCCUCCAAGGAAGUACAAACAGAGCCAGUUGACAAUGAACCACCUGAUUAUAAGAGUCUAGUUCCUUUGGAACGGGCUGUCAUAAAUGGACAUUUAUAUGAAGAGAGUGAUAAUGAAGAUGAUGAUAAUGAUGAUGAAUCAAUGAUAUCUUUCAGUAAUUCUUCAAUUGCAAAUGUAGCUAAUAACAGCAAACUUUGGAUCCCCUGGAUGAAGUCCAAAGAAAGCCACAUUCAAAAUGGAAGAAUUUAUGCCAAGCAGAAUGGGAAUUGUAUUCAGCCUGGAAAUUUAGUUUUAAGCCACACACCAGGCCAGCCUCUUCAUAUAAAAGUCACUCCAGAUCAUGAGCAAAACACAGCCAUGCUUGAAAUAACAAGCCCAACUUCAGUGAAUUCUCACUCUUUUACUAGUACAGCUGUGAUACCCAAUUGUGGCACAGCAAAGCAAAGAAUAACUAUAAUUCAAAAUGAGUCUUUAACUCCUAUAAAAUCUAAAUUACCUGAUGUCUACCCAGCUCAAGAGCAAGCCAUGACACCUCUUACUAUGACCACUUUCGCUAGAUCUCAAAUACCUGAAUCAUGUGCUUCUGUAAUAGCUGAAAGAACAACGUCUCCUUUGGCUUUGACAAGUAGAAGUUCCCCUGAGCAGUUACUUUCACCAGUGUCCUUGGAAAUGAUUGACAAGCAUACUGUCUUCAAAAUAUCCCCCGAAAAACAAUCAUCUGUGCACUUUCAAAGAUCUAACAGUUCUAAUUCAAAUGUAAUAACUACUGAAGAUAAUAAAAUACACAUUCAUUUAGGAAAUCCUUAUGCACAAACUAUUUCUAAUUCUAUAAAAAACAAUAAUCCUUGCACUCCUGUGCAAGAUAACAGAACUCCAAAUGGAACACCAAGUAAAUCUGUCAACAAAAUUACCAGCAGCAUCACUAUUACACCAACUGCAACAAGUCUCCCCCGACAGUCACAAAUUACAAUUGCUGAUGUUUUCCGUCAAGCAAUUCCUAUUAGAAAUCCUAAAUCAAAAACCAUCAGUACAACAGUGCUACCAGUGAGGACACCUUCUGGACAAUAGAAGAAGCCAACUUAAGAUACUAAAGAUGGGACAUCAGACAUCACCAAAUAUAUUCCCAAUGCUGCUACUCAAAAUGCCAGGAAGACAUGAGGCUGCUGAUGUGUGAGAUAAUCGUUACCUAACUCCUAAGUAGAAAUGAUUUUUUUGCACAUCAAUACAGCAAAAAAGAUUGAUGUUGACACUGGAAUUAAAAAGCAUUGGGACUUUCUUAUAACCAGAAAUCUACUAUUCAGUAUAAUCUUGCCCCAUUUUCCUAAUAGGAAUCAAAUGUUUGUCCUACACUAUGGACUGGAUGAAGUUUCCACUUAAUUCAAAUGAAGCUAUUGUGAAUUCCCUAUCUAGCUCUACCUUUAUAUUCUGGGCAAUGUCAAAACAACAGCAACACUGAAUAGAGCAUGAUGAAGAGAUUUUAAAAAUGCAACUACCAUAGAACUCUGCUAUUAUUUUCUCCCAAUUUCCCAGUGCAGUAUUAAGAGCAAUUGUAUUCUUGAUUCACUACUCAACCAACCUUAAAGAGAUAAAGAAUUCUUUAAGGACCAAGGACAAGGAAUCAGGGAGAAAGCAAAGUAUGCAAACCCUAGAAGGACAAGUGCAUUUUUAUGCUCAGCAGGAAAAAAAAAAGCAGCGAUAUCAUGACACUGUAAAAUUACCAUAGGAUGAUAAAAUGUUACCAUUUUAUCAGCCCCAACCCAAAUCACUCCAGCUCAAACCCAAAACAAGAGGAAGAAAUCCUACAUAUUGCAUACGCAUAUGAAGAAAUGGAUUACUGUCACCAACUGUGCAUUUGAUGUGUUUUUCAAAGUUGAGAUGCUGUGAAUUUUGCUUACCACCAUGCAUUUUUACAUCAAUGUUUCUAACAUAUGGUAAAUGAAAAACUAUUUUUUUAAAUUGGAUUCUUUUAAAAUUAUUAGACCUGUAUGGAAUGUAGAAUAGGCAAUAAAUUAUUUUAAUAUUUAACCCUCAGUAUAGGGAUGAACAACAUUUUCAUUAAAUAACAUUCCUAAA